AUGGGUCAGGCCACGGUCGAGGUGGGGCCCAGGUUGAAGUACCUAGGCCUCACCUUGGACGGCGCCUGGGAGUUCGGUGGUCCCUUCGACCAGUUGGCUCCCAGGCUCCACAGGCAGGCGGACGCCCUGGCUGGCAUAAUGCCGAACCUCGGCGGUCCUCGGGGGGCGGUACGCAAGAUGUAUCCGCACGCCGUCCUUUCGGGGCUCCUCUACGGGGCCCCCGUCUGGGCGGGGAAGGCGGUGCGCAGCCGUCACAUCAAGCGCGCCAUGUACGGCAUGCAACGACGGCUGUGCAUCCGCAUCGCCCGAGCGUACAGGACGGUGUCGCACACCUCCGCCACAGUGUUGGCCACCCGCCGACCUCCUAGCCUUGGGGCGGGAGGAGGUCUACCGAAUGGUGGCCGCCUCCCGCCUCGCGGGUACACCUGUCACCGGGCGAAUGGUGGAUGCCGGGAGGUCGGUCGCCAGAAUCCGGGUCAUCGACAAGUGAUCGCGCCGACUGCGCGAGAACCCGGGGAUGGCGACCAAGAUGGUCAUCGAGGCCAUAGGGCCUCGCCUGCCGGAGUGGAUCGGCAGAAGGUGGGGUAG